CUUUCAUCUUCCUCCUCCAAUUCCAAUCAAACACACAGAGAGAGCGAAAAACUCAGAAAAAAAAAAGCCAAAGAGUGAAACAAUGGCGUCGACGACUCUCUCAAUCGCAACCACAAUCCGUUCUUCAUCUUAUCCCACUCUCGCUUCCACCAACCACUUCCCUUCUCGAACCACCACAAUCGAAUUCCCCUCUCGCUUCGGUGGUGGUUCAUCUUCCACAUUGACCCACCGUGCAACCCAUCUCCGUCCUAUCGCCGCCGUCGAAGCUCCGGAGAAAAUCGAGAAAAUCGGAUCCGAAAUCUCAUCCUUAACCCUCGAAGAAGCUCGUAUCCUCGUCGACUAUCUCCAAGACAAAUUCGGUGUCUCCCCACUCUCUUUAGCUCCUGCUGCAGCAGCUGUUGCUGCUCCAGCCGACGGUGGUGCGGCGGCUGUAGUGGAGGAGCAAACAGAGUUCGAUGUGGUUAUCAAUGAAGUUCCAAGUAGUUCACGUAUUGCUGUGAUUAAAGCUGUUAGGGCUUUGACUAGCUUGGCGUUGAAGGAAGCUAAGGAGCUAAUUGAAGGAUUGCCCAAGAAGUUUAAAGAAGGUGUGACUAAAGAUGAAGCUGAAGAAGCUAAGAAGACUCUUGAAGAAGCUGGUGCUAAAGUCUCCAUUGCUUAAGGUUUUAUAAAAAAGUUCUUCUCUU